CGCUUUAUGUAUAUAUAUAUAUAUAUAUAACCAAUCAUCGAUUUCAAACUCUCCUUACAAUUCUCUCGCUUUAGAAACCAAUUCAAUUCGCAUUGUAACGACUGUUUUCUUCACCGGUCAAAGGUUUGUCAACUCUCUUUUAUCCAAAAUGAAGAUCAAAAGCUUUACAUCUUCCAUCCUACCACCCUUCCAAAUUGCAUUUUUUGAGAUGAACGAUUGUCAACUUCUCCUAAAUUCUCUUCAAGUUCCCAUCCGAUCGAUAUUAACCCAUGUUUCAAUCCCAUGGAACAAGCUAAGGGCUACACCCGUAUCACUUCAUGAUCAUGUAAAAGAGAGUACUACCAUCAAGAAAGACAGCUUGUUUUUCAGCCUAGGAGAGAUAAACAUGGUGAUGAAUGAGCUAGGGUUUCAGAAGUCAUGUUGCAAUCAUGAUCAUAGCAGCAGGAUCGACAUUACGUCGUUGUUUGAUGACGAUGAACCGAGUUUAGGGGAAGUUAAGGUAGCUUUUGAUGUGUUUGAUGAGAACUCAGAUGGGUUCAUUGAUGAGUUUGAGUUGCAGAAGAUGUUGUGCAGGUUUGGACAACCAGAAGAAGUUGCAAAGUUGGAGCAAUGCAGAAACAUGAUCAAAGGGUUUGAUGUGAAUGGAGAUGGAGUCAUUGAUUUUGAAGAAUUUGUCAAACUCAUGGAGACAUGUUGUUUCUAGCAAGAACAUGAAUUAGUAUGUGUUUUCUUUGUAGCUGAGAAACAAGUAAUAUGUACUUUAUGACAAAAUAAUUAAAUCG